UACUGACUCACUCAAAAUACACUCACGGCUUGAGACGCUGACAGGAACGACGGUACGCCUGGAACGGGAUGCUCCAAGUGGGCGUUAUGCGCGAGGAAGAAGGCGGGAGAUUCCGUUACAUGGGUUAAGUGCUGACAGGCGGAAUAGAAGAAGAGUUCGUUGCUUAUUGUUUACUCUCCUUGUCGUUGUUGUUAUAUCGUCAUCAAUUUCAUAGCGUUCUCGCUCCAGGGACAGUUGUCUGGCGAGGAGAACUCGUAGGUAGUCCGAAACCGGAAAUUGCACUGGCCUUGAGUUGUUAGACCGGGAUAACGCUAGAAUUCAGGAUCCUCCCUCAGCCUACGUCUGCACUGCACUGAAACGGAAUCAGUUGCUCCCCGUCUUGCUAGCUGCUGCUGAACACAGGCAACUGGAGGAAUGGUUAGCGGUUAACUUUUGGUCGUUUCCGAUUGUUUUCUUCAAAAAUAUGAAUUUACUACCAUCCAAUCCGCAUGGGAACGGACUCCUUUACGCGGGAUUUAACCAGGACCAUGGUUGCUUCGCCUGCGGAAUGGAGACUGGAUUUCGUGUGUACAACACAGACCCCCUCAAGGAGAAGGAGAAACAAGGGCCACAGAACUCUGACAGCAAACUCAAAGAGUUCCUCGAGGGUGGGGUCGGCCAUGUUGAGAUGCUGUUCAGGUGCAACUACCUGGCUCUGGUUGGAGGCGGGAAAAAACCCAAGUAUCCUCCAAACAAAGUGAUGAUCUGGGACGACCUGAAGAAGAAGACUGUCAUUGAGAUUGAGUUCUCUACAGAAGUCAAGGCGGUGAAGCUACGGCGGGACAGGAUCGUGGUGGUGUUGGACUCCAUGAUCAAAGUGUUCACCUUCACCCACAACCCCCACCAGCUGCACGUCUUCGAGACCUGCUAUAAUCCCAAAGGUCUGUGCGUGCUGUGUCCGAACAGCAACAACUCCUUGCUGGCCUUCCCCGGCACCCACUCGGGCCACGUGCAGAUCGUGGACCUGGCCAACACGGAGAAGCCGCCCGUGGACAUCCCUGCCCACGAGGGCGCCCUCUGCUGCAUCGCGCUCAACCUGCAGGGCAACAGGAUAGCCACCGCCUCCGAGAAAGGGACCCUCGUCAGAAUCUUCGACACGUCCGCGGGGCAACUCAUCCAGGAGUUGAGACGAGGCUCGCAAGCAGCUAGCAUUUACUGCAUUAACUUCAACCAGGACGCGUCGCUCAUCUGCGUGUCCAGCGACCACGGCACCGUCCACAUCUUCGCGGCAGAGGACCCCAAAAGAAACAAGCAGUCGAGCCUAGCGUCGGCCAGCUUCCUCCCCAAGUACUUCAGCUCCAAGUGGAGCUUCUCCAAGUUCCAGGUACCAUCGGGCUCGCCCUGCGUCUGCGCCUUCGGCACCGAGCAGAACGCCGUCAUAGCCAUCUGCGCCGACGGCAGCUACUACAAAUUCCUGUUCAACCAGAAGGGGGAGUGCUCCCGGGACGUCUACGCCCAGUUCCUCGAGAUGACCGACGACAAGAUCUGACGCCCCCCCCCACCCCGAACCCCCACCCCUCCCCAAAACGACUUUGGUUUUUUGUUUGGUCCUCGUCGCCCCCCCUUCUGCAGACCCACCAAUGAGCCCGGUUGAGUUGUAUUUUUGCGGUUGUGGUUCUGAGGGGGGAGCGCCCAGCGGUCUAUCAGCCCCAACCCCCCCCCCCCCCGGGGCCGGGAAACGAGGCAAGGACGUGUGAUGGAAGACUGUACCUGCAGCAGAAGGCCAUACAGACGGAGAAGACGCAGAGAGAGAACUCAGACACUGCUUUGGAUCGCCUUCCGGACGCUUCCGAAGAACAAGGGAAUACAAAGAGGGAUUAUUUUUUCCUUUUCCUUUCUUUAUUUUUUCAAAAGGACAAUGUAUUGCUUUUUACGAUGUCUUCCGCUGACUUUGUGAAAUACUAUGGCUAUUUUUUAAAUCGCAUUGAUUCCUACAGGUAACAUGGAGUUAAAGAACCUAAAAAAGAACUAGAGAUUUGUCAACUAACACCGCCUAACCUAAAUCUAGGGAGUGCCUCAGAAUGUAGACUGUAGAGCAAGCGUGCAUACACAGACACACGCACACAUAAAGUGUGUGUGUGUGUGCGAUUGUAUGUAUGUAUGUGUGUCCGUCUGUGGUAUAAUGUACAUUUAUAUCAUCGGGACUUGUUUGCAACGCAGGAUCCCUGAGAACCAACGACCUGCACUUGGUGGGGGUGCAGGUUUUGGGUUCUAUUUUUGAUGAUGUAUCCGAGCUAAGUAUUCGUCACCCAACACUUAUAUUCUCUCUCCGGGGGCUUGGGGAGUCUGUUCACAGGAACCUCCAAAACAAUAUCUCAAGACGCAAGACAUGAUGGUGAAUCGAGAUUUUUACAUGUAUUCGAUGUAUGAAGAAGAUCUACCGGACUGAUCACUUAACUACAUAUAACUGUACAGAAUAACCGUUUUUUAUUUUCUCAUUCUUCUGUUUUGUCUUUUGUUGGUAUGUGCAAUAUAUCUCACUUUGUAGGGAUUCAAUUGGCAUUUAUUUUUGUGUCCUAGAACCACAUCACGGUCCUUUUGAUGAGGGUCAAAACAUUACCGAAGAAGGUGAUGAAACCCAAGUAUUAUUUUUUUUGAAUUUGGUCAAAAUUGCACUCAACGAUUCCUCACAUUUGCUGUGUUCAAUACUUAACCGAUAUACCUUGAGUUAAUCGUCUUUGUAAAUAGUCAUGUUCUCUGCCGGGGCAGUGGCAUUCCAGUCAGACAGUAAACACACUGCCUGUUGACCGUGAGGUGAACUAACUAACUCAAGUCGACCCUUCUCACAGCGGUGGCCACGCUUUAGCACCCCCUAGUGGCGCCUUCAUUUCAAGUGUGCAGCUUAAGUGUGCCCAGAAGGUCUGUGAGAGUCUGGGCGGUAAAAUCCCUGAUCACGCCGACGCAUCCACACUAACACGAUUGAGUGCGCCUGUGUUAUCCCGCGACGACACUCAGAACAAAAACUGGUCCGUUAGAAAUGGGUUUACUGGAUUCUGUGUGGCUCGGUAAACACCACCCCCCCCUUCAAUCUGGAUCCCAAUGGCAUCACUUUUAUUUAAGAAGCUGGGCUCCACUUUCUUAAAGGGCACAUCUUGGGUCUGUGCUCAAUAGUUGAUUCACUACAGUUAGAUUUGCAGCAUAAUGAGUCUGUUAAUUUCAAUGUCCAGUGACUUGAAACUACACUUGGUUUGUUCAGUUCUUGGGAUUAAAUUAGUUUGCAAUGGCUUGUUUCAGAAUGUAAACCUACAGGCAUUUAUCACACAGCAUAAACAACAUUGUGCAUUGAUUAAUGCUGCACACACAAGUUUAACACAUUCAAAUGAUUGUACAACCCAAAAUUGUAUUUAUGAAUAAAACUGCUUUUACGCUAGUGUACAUCUCUCAAUGUGCAUAUGUUCUGUAGACCUACGAAAGUACCGUGAUUGAAAGAUUGUGCGUCAAGCCUAGUUAUAAAGUAACCUGGACAAAUAGUAUACGGGUGUUCCAUUCAUGAUCAUGUUUAUUUGGGGUUCUUUGCAGCUUUUUCUAUACUUGGUGUCCCCUACUGAACACAGAGGGAUGUUUCAAGAUACAUUUUGACUCUGGUUGCAGUAGAAUCAAUCAGGUGUUCCAAUAAGUAAAAAUGAAAUAGCAUCCCCUUUUCAAAGUCAAGUUUUGAGUUUUGAUCAAUCCAUUGGUUUUAAAGAACAAACUUCAGUCUAGUUCUGGGUUAUGCAAAUUUAGACGUUUUCUCCAGUAGAGCAAACAGGCAUUGCUGAAGAAGAAACAAUUCUUAAAUAUCAGAUAUGAUCAAUAUCCCUCUGGGCACGAGUUCUUUACCUAUGGAUAUAGAAUAUUGUAAUACUUAAUAUUGCCAGGGUUCUAACCUGGUGUCAGACAGCUUUCGAUAAAUCUAUAAAAAUGUAUAAAAUGAAAUAAAAAAAAAGACUCACAGAAAUUGGUCAUGGGUUUUAAAUUAAUUUAUAAAAAAAAGAAACAAAAAAAAGCAGUGACCCAC